AUGGGCUUCGCGCCCACCGCACCCGAAGCCGUCGCCGCCGCCGCUGCCGCGGAGAGCAGCAUGGAGGACAACGGUGACGACGACGGGGCGGGAAGUUCUUCCGAGAGUGCGGCUUCCGCCACCGGCGGCGGCAGCGCGACCGCUAGACCAGCCGGCGCACGUCCAGCCAGCAACGGUGGUGGAUGGCUGGGAGGCGUGAAGGACCGGCUAGGCGACAAGGCCCGGGAUCAGAUCGGCUGGUUUCAAGGGCAGGCGAAGAAGAUGCGAAAUCGCUUCAAGUACGCUUCGCACGGUUUCGCCGCGCGGUUGACGCCGCAACAGGUUUCGCAACUUCGCCAGAACCCAGCAGUCGAGUCGAUUCGGCAGGACGUGCUGUUUCGGCCGCUGACCAACUACUCGCCCAACUUUUUGCAACUGCCCGGAACAAUGUGGGCUUCCGCGGGCGGGCCGAAAAACGCUGGGGAGAAUGUGAUUAUCGGCGUGAUCGACACGGGGAUAUGGCCUGAGCACCCUUCAUUCUCCGCCGCAAAUACGAGCCGCUCGUUUCCCGCGCCUCCCGCGCGAUGGGCGGGGAGUUGCACGUCGACGUCCGACUUCUCCGCGCGGCUGUGCACGAACAAGCUGAUCGGCGCGCAGGUGUUCAACGCGGGGUUCCGCCAGCGCUUCAAGGCGGAGAGCACCACCGUGGACUACUCGUCCGCGCGCGACAGCAACGGCCACGGCACGUGGUGUGCGGGAGCGGCAGCAGGCAACAUAGUGGAAGCAGGCAAGCUCGGCACCGUCAGCGGCAUGGCGCCGCGCGCGCGUCUCGCAAUCUACAAGGUCGUGUGGACCAACAUGAACUCGGGCGGUUACCUCGCAACCAUGGUUGACAUCAACGCAGCGGUCGACAAAGCAGUUGCUGACGGGGUGGACGUUAUUUCCAUCUCGCUCGGAGGAGCCGAUCCCAACGCGACGUAUUUCGACCAUGUGAACUAUCUCAACGUGAACAAGGCCGGCGUGUUUGUGGCGUUUGCGGCGGGGAACAGCGGAAGCCCGCCGUCACGGGUUGUGUACCGCACGAUUGACAACUUCUCGCCGUUCUACAUGACUGUUGGCGCCAGUUCAAUCGCUCGCAGGGGCACAUAUGAAAGUAGUGGGGAGUCCAACCUCCUGCGUAAACUGCUCCCAGGAAUGAACAGCCCCUUCGACAUUGCUCCAUCCUCGUCAUCCUCCUCAUCCUCAUCUGCUGCUGCAGAUGCUGCCGCUGCUGCUUCGGGUGCUUCCACUGCUCCUGCUGGCAGCAAUAGCGUGCUUGGUGGAGAAGCAGGAGCGGUGGAGACUGGCGCGGAUGGAGAUUCAAAUUCCUCGAGUACCGAUGCCGCGACGUCGUCUCUGCAGGUCAUGUUUGUUGAGGCGCAGAAGGCUGCACGGACUCUCAAACAGCGUGCAAACGCGCGAAUCUGUGCGCCUCUUUCCCUGAACCCCUCCAAGAUCUCCGGCAAGGUCGUUCUGUGCAACCGGGGGGGGUCAUCAAUCACAGCCAAGGCGUGGGAGGUGGCAGGGAAGGGCGGGUACGCUAUGAUCGUGCUUGAUCCGCUAGGUCUGCCCAAGGAUCUCGGGUCUUUCAAGAUCGGCAGUCUGCCUGUUCGUCGCAUUGGCAUGAGGGAAACGGUUCAGCUCCGGUCGUUUAUGUCGGGCUCUAAGAAGUAA